CGCGGGGGAGGGCAGCCGAGUCGCAAGCAUGCGCUGGCCCGCCCCGGACCCGCCCAGCCCAGCCCCGGCCAGGCCACCGGGAGUGCAGGCGGCGGCGCCGGAGCCGGCGGGGCGCAGGGACAACCGGAGCCCACCUUUGCGCAAAAACAUGGGCCACCACACGAUGCCUGUCAACUCUGGCUUGUCGGUGCGCAGGUGGGGGGCGCCCCCUCCUCGGACCCACCCCUGAUGGCGUGGCCUCUCCGGUAGGAUGCCUCCCCUGCCCGCCUUCUUCCUGGCUCGCCAUCCUCACCUGGCCUCCCCGGCUGGUCGCCCACCUUGCCAUCCAUCAUGAACCACGAACAGAGCCUGCACAACAACGCGGUGGCCUGGCUGGUGUGCUCUGGCCUGGCGGUGCUGGCCAACGCCUGGGGCAUCCUGAGCAUCAGCGCCAAGCAGAAGAAGUGGAAGCCGCUGGAGUUCCUCCUCUGCACCCUGGCGGGCACCCACAUCCUGAACAUCGCCGUCCCCAUCACCAUGUACUCGGUCAUCCAGCUGCGCCAGCAGCACUCGGACUACGAGUGGAACGAGGGGCUGUGCAAAGUCUUCGUCUCCACCUUCUACACCUUGACGCUGGCCACCUGCUUCUCCGUCACCUCGCUCUCCUACCACCGGAUGUGGAUGGUACGCUGGCCGGUGAACUACAGAUUAAGUAACACCAAGAAGCAGGCAGUCCACACAGUGAUGGGCAUCUGGAUGGUCUCCUUCAUCCUCUCCACGCUGCCCGCCGUGGGUUGGCACGACACCACCGAGAGAUUUUACGCCAGCGACUGCCGCUUCAUCGUCACGGACAUCGGCCUGGGCUUUGGGGUCUGCUUCCUGCUCCUCAUCAGUGGCAGCGUGGCCAUGGGGGUGGUCUGCGUAGCCAUUGCCCUCUUCCAGACCUUCUCCAUCCAAGCGGGUAACAACCUGGAUAAGAACAAGUUCAACGUGCCCACCAUCGUGGUGGAGGAUGCCCAGGGCAAGCGCCGUUCCUCCAUCGACGGGUCGGAGCCCGUCAAGACUUCGUUGCAGAUCACCUACCUGAUCACUGGCAUCGUUUUCCUCUACGACUUCCUGAUGGGAUUCCCCGUCUUGGUGGUGAGUUUUGCCAGCCUGAAGUCGGACGUGGCCUACGACUGGAUGGUGCUUUGUAUCCUCUGGUGCUCCGUGGCCCAGUCCCUUCUCCUCCCGGUGUUCCUGUGGGCCUGCGACCGCUACCGGGCCGAUGUCCGCUCGGUCUGGGAGAAGUGCGUGGCCAUCAUGUCCAAUGACAGUGGGGAAGAGACGAGUUUGGACCGGCCGAUUCCCACAGAUGUAAUGUGCUCGCAACCCUACCCGGACAGCAUCUCCAGGGACGUUCUCACUGUGGACCAGAUCACCAACUCCGAUCUCUCAGCGCUGGAGAGGGGGGUUGCGAAGCCCGUCCCGGAGGACAAAAUGCAGUAUCUCCAGGUUCCUCCGACUCGGCGUUUCUCGCACGACGAAAUUGAGAUUUGGACUACCAGCCAGAUUUCGGCCUACUUUCAGCACUGGGUGGCGGGGGAGGACAUCACUGCGGAACUGGCAAGCCUGCUCCUCCCUCAGCCUCGAUACAAUCGGCGGAGGAGCAGCAUCCUUUCCUACCAAGAAGAACGGCGUCCGCACCGAAAGCGCAGAAAGUCCAUGGAGAGCACAUUAUCCCUCAAGCCGUUCUCGUACGAAGACGUCCACCGGGCGGGAGGGUACAAGUGCUUUAGCAGAGAGAACGUGAUGGAUUUCAUGGAUGAUCCCAGCCCCCUUCCUACCCCAAGGAGACCACCGGUGCGCUCGGCCUCUGUCUCUCUCUUGCCGGAUGCCUUCCCACGCUGUUCGACUGCCGCGGUUCUCCGAGACUUCCCCUUGACCACUUUCGAACGAGAACCCCAAGUUCUGCGGAGCAUCUCAGUCCAGGGACGAGGAAGUUCCCUGAUGGUGCCUGUCCCUCUCCCAGCCCAGGAGGAUACUCAGAUCCUCUUUCCCAAAGGGAGCUUGGACAUGCCUUGCCACGAACAGAUUCACGUGGAACUUUGCGAGAGUCCUGGAACGGAGGAUUGUCCAAUGAUCAGGAGUUGCUCCAAGACGGAAUGUUUCCGGACAGGUCUGAGUCCUUCCUGGAGAGGCCAAGACGAUCUUCGGAAAAAUGGAAGCAAAGGGAGCACAAGCAGUUUCUUGAGUUCGCCUUCGGCCUCCUCCGGAUACGUCACAUUCCACUCAGAUUCAAUCAGCUCGGCCUCGUAAACACCAGAUUAACAGGAAUCACUUUGUACGAGAAUCUUCCAGACGGCCUAGGACAAUUCGCCACAACCAACUCACCAUGGGGCGACCAGUUGAGGCCAAGUUGUUGCAGGACAACUCACUGUGACCAACUCACUUCAAGGGUGUAUUAAUCACUUCGUUCAAUUACUUUUAUUAUCAGUGGCCACGUUUUCGUCUAAAUUAUUCUAACCCUUGUAUUUCUGGAUUGACUUUAUUAUUAUUGGCCACAGUUCCAUCGAAAUUAAGUCAACUUUUGCAUUUGUUGAAUUAUCCUGUGGCAAGUUGGCCAGGGUGAGUUGUCCCAUUCAGUUUCCAGAUUUGUUUCUCACGCGACAGGAUUCCCUCCUGGUUGCGGUCUGGAUUUGGUAACAGGAACUGGACAAAGCACCAAAGAACCAUUAUCUCGUCUCUCAUCCUGGUCAUGAAAAGCAGGAGGGAGACGUUAAGCAGGAUGCUUCCGAGAGCAGCCUUGUAAGAAAAGCACUUCAAAUCCAGACGGGUUAUAUCUCAGCUCGGGGCAAGGGAGGGUCCAUUCUCCUCUCUUCCUUUUUUUAUUUCAAGAACCCACACAGCUAGUCUGACUUUUUGGUGUGGUUCCUUUUUCUAAUCCUCUCACGUCCUCUCAAAGAACUUUUUAGGUAGCUGUUAGUCGUGCAUGUCUUUGGAUACCGACCCUUCUGUCUCGGAGUGCGCACAGCCCUGGGAGAGAGCUGUUGCCAAACAUGGAGGGCCGAUGUUCCCUUUAAAGAACUUGGGGGGAUCAAACGCCCCAAAUUUCUCAGUCCUUGUUCUACAUUCCAAGAGGCCCCACUUUCAAGCAGUGAUGUGGUGGGUGAGACCCGCGUGUAGUCCGUCAUUCCAGAAUAUUGUUGCUUGUACGUCAUCCAUUAUUCCGGAAUAGCGUCACAUGCAUGUGAUCCGUUAUUCCAGAAUGGUCUCGUAUUGUGAAUCGUGUAGCAUGUGUCUGUUAUUCCAGAAUAGUGUCACAUGCAUGUGGUCCAUUAUUCUGGAAUAGUGUCACAUGAAUGUGGUCCAUUAUUCUGGAAUAGUGUCGCAUGCAUGUGUAUUAUUCUGGAAUAAUGUCACGUGAAUGUGGUCCAUUAUUCUGGAACAAGUCACACACAUGUGGUCCAUUAUUCUGGAAUAAUGUUGCAUGCAUGUGGUCCGUUAUUCCAGAAUAGUAUUGCAUGCAUGUGGUCUGUUAUUCUGGAACAGCGUCGAUGUAGGGAUUGAGACAAACUCUGAUUGUUUGCAAACAAGGCUAAGGGUUCCUCUCCUAUCGUAAGACAGCGGGAGAGAAAUUUAAGUCUGAUCCAGGAAACAACCCUUUGGGUUCAUUCCCCAGCCCCCUAAGCAAGACAUCUCAGCAUCCUACCUCCUGUUCAGUGCCAAAGCCUCGCCCCACAUCCUGCACGGAGCCACAGCCCCAUAACCUGAGGCUGCUCUACAAGAUGCAGAAACGGGCGAGGAGGAGAAAGGUUGUACUAAAAAUGGCAGCUUUCCCUUUGGAGCAAUACUACAAACAGUGCAGACCCUGCAGGAGGGGUUGCCUUGACCCAUAACCAGUGGGGUUGCUGCCCUGUAAUGAGGUAGGCGGGAGAAUGCAUGGAUCAUGGCAGAUCCAGCUUUGGGGGGAACUUUUUAGGGGGCUGUUAAGGCUCCUUGCCAAUAGGGGGACACAAAAUUUACUUUUCCUCCUGUGUUGCGGCAGUGUUCUCCCUGGUCUCGCGCCCACCCUGCAUCUUUCUUCUCGAGGGUUCCUGCAUUGGGGCAUGCCGAAAACCCCAUUCCCCCCCCCCCAGAUGUUUAAUAUCUGGUCAGUUCAGCGCAGGCCAAGGGGACGGACUUUUCUGCCCAAAUCCAGGUAGGUAUUUGCAUGUUCUUUGAUUGAAAAUAAAUGGGAUGGGGAGAAAAUUAGCGCCUGGAGAGAAAGGGAGAGAAGAGAGCAACGGUUGCUAAUACUGUACAAGACCUACACCUUUUGAUUUCAUUUUUAUGCUGUCCUGCAUUAAUUUUUGGUCCGAAGAAAAACUGUCCUAAGGAUGAAAGUGAUUCAUUUAGCCACAGUGACAAGAAGGUUUGUAAAAUGGAUCAAAACUCAAUGAGUGUUUCAGCCAUAGAAAUUUUAGACUCAAUUGCGGUCUUAAGUCAAGGACUACCUGCACAGUAUACUGUCUGGUAUAUUAUACAGACAGUACAUUCAUUCUGUACGCUUUGGUAGAAGAAAUAAAGACAGGGUGGCGGGGUCAAAUGAAGAAAUCAUGGGCAGUGGGGGGGGGGGGAAACAAGGAAUAUCUUGGAGAUGCAUGAUAAAAGGGCCCAUCUGCCAAAGCAGGGACACCGCAGUCCAUGUGCUGGUCUUCUACCCCAGUAUUUUUCUAUCUCAGCCACUUUAAGACAAAUGGACUAUAACUUCCAGAAUUCCACACCGCUUAGAAUUAUGGGAGUCGAAGUCCACCCAUCUUAAAGAGGCUGAGAUGGAAAAACAAUGCUUGAAUUCUUCACUCCCCAUUUCAACUGCCAUGCAUUCUUUUGCACACUCGGAAAAAGGGGCUGCAGUGACCCUGUGUGCCCUCUUACUUCCGAACCUCUCUCUGGUUGGGAGCACACAACUUUUCUGGAAAUUUAACCGAGCAAUUCACAACAAGUGCCCUCGUCAACUGUUCAGGGAUAUUUCGCUAUUUUGAACAAGAAGCAAUCUAAUUGUA